AUGGGUCUGUUUGGUAUGAGUAGUACACGUCGGAAAGGGGGCGCCAAGUCCUCCAAGUCGUCGUCUUCGUCAUCGUCGUUUCCGGCCGACAACUGUCGGAACGCGAUGAUACCCCCUUCCUCGUCGUCGAUGCCUUCGAAAGUAGCCUCAGCUCGACUGGCGCGCUCCGGGGCCGAUCCACGCUCAGCGUCGUCGUCGUCGUCGUCAAGUGGCUCAACACGGACCCCGAGCGGGCCGCCGCCUUCUUCCCGACGAGCCCCACCGACAGCUACGAUCCGAACCAGUUGGGGCGUUGACGAGUUCGGUAGAGAGGAUGCACAGACGUGGAAGAGGACCCUGGAAGGAGCUCGGCAGGAGACAGUCACUCCCGCUUCGCCCUCGUCGUCGUCGGCGGCAACGGGAGCUGGCGCGGUGGGCAGCAGCACUAGUCCUAUCGGGGCACGGGGCGCGCCGAUCCAGUCGAGGUUCAAUGAAAGGGACUCGGCUCGAGGUUAGUUUUGUUCGUCCAAUCAGGAGUGUUUGUGGUGUGGGAGGGUCCCACAAACAUGCAUGUUUGUGUGUUGAGUAUGCCGAGGCUGGUAAGCUGACUGGAUUGGAGUAUUUGUGCAUGUGGGGGGUUUUCCAGCUCGCAUGUCGAUCGUGUCGUCGCCGCGAAGUUCGGUGUAUGCAUCGCCCAUGGCGUCGCCUCUGUCUGCGAACUCUGAAGCACGAGGUCGUUUCGACGGCGAAGGUGGAACAGGUUUCGUUGCGCGGCCGCCAAGGCGGGAGAGCUUGAUGAUCGAUACACAAAAUUGUGAGUACCAGCCCGCUAGAUGUUAGGCGCCGAAGCGAGCAUGCCGAGCUGACUCGGCGAAAGUUCGUCCUCCAGUCGUCCUUCCCCUGCCGAGUCCGAACCGCCUCAGCGUCAAUGCGGUAGCAAGUGGUCUCGUCAUCCCGGACUCUCCUUCGAGCUUCUUCGACGCGAACCUUCCUGCCUCGCCUGCAUCACUUGCGUCGCCGCCGCCGCAGACGGCGUCAAUGGCGUACAACUCUUCUCCCGGCAACUACCAUGGCGCGUCGCCGUCGCCGUCCCGAAACUCGUCGAACUCUCUACUCGGUGGGAUGGGCUCUUCGUCGCCCCGCCUUUCGCCAUCUCUGUUUGCAACAGCGUCUCGCAAUGGUCACGGAAGUCCAGAUACGACCGCGAGCUCGAUCAAAGCUGGGACGUCGUCCAUCUCGUCGCAUGACCAGUCGCAUCACGGACGGCCCCUUUCCGCGAUCAGCACAAGCGGCAUGGCCCGGCCCGGAGCGGACUCGCAUGUCACCCGCUUGCAAGAGUUGUCGAUUAACUCGCCCGAAGCAACUGGUCGACGUUCGAAUGGGUCGAGGGACAAUUCACCGCUGGGUCGCGCUCGAGCUCAGCAAGACGGAGCGUUCAAACAAGUUAAUGGACCGCGACAAGAGCCUGGCUAUGAGGGUUCACCGAGCCGACAGCCUGUCCUGAUUUCCCCUUCAACGCCGACGAAAAUACCCCCUUUACAAACGCGGAGAUCGACUAGAGCCGCUCCAGACGAUCCGUUCGCUGCGGGUGGACCGGUGCGAUCCGUAUCUCAGAACAAUACGAGGGCUCAGGCGUUGGCGGCCGCGAGAGAACGCAAUGCCUCGUCCUCGGGGCAUUCGGAUGCUGGCUCGUCGUCCCCUACCCUCUCUCCACGACUGAAAAUCUGCACUCCGGGCGGUUCGACGUUGGAAAAGGCGGUUGCGUCAUUCCCGGAGCAGGUGCUGCGUGGGAUCCUGGCUGUUACAAAGUAUGACGACUUCUGUGCGCUGCGAGCGACCUCUCGUGCUCUUCGACGCAGUAUGGACGAACCCCUCGCCAAGGAGCUCGUAUUGCAGCGGUACCUGGGGCCAUGGGGAUACCGAUCGUAUGCGCUUGGAAGCGACAAGACACCGACGUCGCUUUCUCCAUCCGCCACGACCGAACCGAUCGUCUUGACGCUGCGAGAUCUCGAUGCAUUUCUCAUCGCGACCGAGAUCCAGAUUGAGCAAUACGCGCGUUUCGCGAAAGAGUACAACUUGGAUCGCCUUCAUGCCACAACGCUCAGGAUCAUCAGGGCAUCGACUAGGGCAUGGAACCGUGUUGUGCUGCGGCUGCGUUGGCAACUCGAGGGCUACGGUGGCAAAGGGUGCUGGGCACCGUACGCAUUCGAAGGCCAAAUCGUAGCGCAGAAUCUCGCGGUCGUCUUCCGAUCUGGUCGAGCGCCGACACUGCGAACUUGGGUUCCCCUCAGUGGUACAACGAGUUGGAUGGCCGAUAGCGAAGUCGUUGAAUGCGAACGCGAAAUUUGGCGCUCGGGCGUGUGGGGUGAAAUGCGUCGUGGCGACGUCGUCGUCAAUACCGCGAUCGCACCAUUCGGCAACCUCGGCAAGCUCAUCUUUGAUGGCAAGUUCCUGCGCGACUUUGAGUAUCGCUACGACGUCGUUGGUCAUCUGCCCGUGAGUCGCUCUCCCUCGUCCCCAUGUCUCGCAUCUGACUAACAUUUCGAGCGACUGCCAUUGCAGAAUUGGCUCGGUAUGCUCUCGUUCUCACCUCAAUACUACCACAACAUCGUCGCAGCUUCAACAGCCAGUCCCGUCUUUUGUAGGUCUCUCGGUAGACGCUCGGCAGAUUAUGGUCAAGCGCUAAGGUCGUCGCUCGUCCGCUCCCAGAUUUGUGGCUGCAAAAGUUCGCCGCCCAGGCGCACGAGAGUCUGAAGCUGCGCGAGGACAAGGUCCAUGUCACAUCACCGCAGGGGGGUACAUGGUCAAGCGAUUCAUGUACCGGUAUGUUCACCUCUUUUUCUCUCGACCUUGAACCUCGAAUACAUUGCUGACCUCCUAUUACCUUCUAGUGGAUCGAUCCAAGUCCGAGCCAAUGACGCGAUCCUCGACAUCUCGGCCCCGAAACCUCAAGUCGUGCACCCCGACUGGGCAGGAACGAUCAUGAUCGAGAUCGAAAGCACGACCGAACACCGUCGCGUCGCGAUGGAGAAGAUCGCGAGUCCGCACCCGACGCCUUGGAGGAUCUUGAGGGAGAAGUCGAGGCCGGGUAAAUUGUGGAUCCGGCCCGUGUCCGAUCAAGAAGCGAUCUGA